AUGAGUGAAGAAGCAUAUUAUACAAUUAGCAAUAUUGUAUCAAAUAACAAUAAUUCCAAUGAUUAUAAUGAUUCAAAUAUUUCAACAAUCACAUCUUCUAAUGUAAUUUCACUACCAUUCAUAUGUAAAGUUUUUGCUGUUAUUUUAUAUACACUUUUAAGUUGUAUUGCAUUUAUUGGUAAUUUAAUGAUAAUAGUUAUUAUAUUAUAUUUUCGAAAGCUAAAAACCGGUACAAAUAUGUUAAUAAUGAAUUUAGCUAUUGCUGAUAUAAUGAUUGCAUUAAUUUGUAUGCCUUUUAGUUAUUGGCAUGUUAUUAUUUUUGAAGAUUCAAAAUGGAUUUUUGGUAGUUUAUUUUGUAAACUUUUAAAUUUUUUUCAAGCAACUGCUGUUUUUUCAAGUUCUUGGACACUUGUUGCAAUAAGUUUUGACAGGUGUCUUGCAAUACUAUUUGUUAUGUCUCGUUGGAAUAGAUUAAAUAAAAAAAGAGCACUUUAUGUUAUUUUUAUUAUUUGGUUUUUUUCAUUGUUGAUGGCUUGUCCAUUGUACUUUGCAAAUGAGAUAUCUCAUGAAGGAAAUGAUAACACUGAUACAUGUGUUGAAAAAUGGAAUUUAUUAAAAGUAUUUGGUUCCGAUGAAACAAAAAUAGUAUCGUUAUAUAAUAAAUCAUUAUUUGUUUUACAAUAUUGUAUGCCACUUAUAGUAUUAAUUGUUACAUAUACGAUAAUUGGUUUUAAAAUGUGGUUUAGUGAAAUUCCUGGCGCAGAUAGUUGUUCACAAGCAUCUAAACGUACUAAUAAAACAUUAUUACAAGAAAGACACGAAUCAGUUAAAAAACUUAUUCCAAUGGUCAUAUUAAUAAGUGCGUUAUAUGCAGGGUGUUGGCUUCCUCAAAAUUUAUUAAUGAAUGUUCUUGUUAAUGAUACUGACAUCUUAACACAUCCUUAUAUUCUUUUUAUAUGGUGGAUUGCUCAUACAAUCGCAAUGUUUCAUUCAGUUGUCAAUCCAUUUAUCUAUUACUGCCAAAAUAAAAGAAUGCGUGAAGGUUUACGGUAUUUAUUAAGAUGGUUACCAUGUGUUACCUUUACUGAAUUUAAAUUGUUAGCGUACACUAAUCAAAGAGGUUUUUGUUCGCAAAGAAAAUACUUUAAUAUGAUGUCAUAUGAUCCAUCUUCAUCAAAAAAAUUCAACAAUGAUUGUCGCUAA